AUGAAGCUGACUGUGCUCGCCGGUCUCGCCCCGUUCGUUGUCUUGGGAGGCGCCUACCCGAUCAUAGGCGACGUGGUCAACUGCAGAUCCGGACCGGGCACCAGCUAUGACGUGAAAAGAACGUAUAAAGAGGGCCAGGACGUGAAGCUCACGUGCCAGACGCCCGGCGAAGUCAUCAACGGCGUCAAGCUAUGGGACAAGACGACCGACGGCUGCUAUGUCUCAGACUAUUACGUCAAGACAGGCACCAGUGACUAUGUCGCCUCCAAGUGCGGCAGCAGUUCGGGGUCGUGCGCGGCUCCGCGGUCCAACCAGGCGACUGUCGAUCUGAUUUCCGAGUUUGAGGGCUUCAGGGCCAGCGUCUACACGGAUCCAACGGGCAACCCUACCGUCGGGUACGGCCACUUGUGCAGCAACUCCAAGUGCUCCGACGUGAAGUACUCGAUCCCGCUGUCGAAGACGGACGGCAAGAAGCUUCUGGCCGACGACAUGAGGCCCAAGGAAGAUUGCAUCACAAAGAUGACCAGCGACGAAGUCACGCUGAACCUCAACCAGUACGGCGCCCUUGUCAGCUGGGCGUUCAACAUGGGCUGCGGCGCGGCCGAGGACUCGUCGCUUAUCAAGCGUCUCAACAAGGGCGAGAACCCCAACGCGCUCAUUACCGACGAGCUGCCAAAGUGGGUGCACGGCGGUGGUGAGGUGCUCCCAGGGCUGGUCCGCCGCCGCGAUGCAGAGGUAGCGCUCGCCAAGACGGCUACGACGGCUAAGGCGCUGCCUGUGAAGUGCUGAGUGGGUGUUGGCCGGGGAUGCGGGACGAAACCGUAUGCCUUGUCUCGGGCGUCGAGAUAACCGAAAGAAAUAUGUUGCAGGUUCGGUGGAAAGGUGGCCUGGCUGGGAGGUUGGGAGGUUGGUUGUGAUGCACACGUGCAAGUUCACAGUUGUCGGGGGAAGUGCAGAGUAACUAAUGAUGCUAGAUCAAAGUCCUGAUUAACCUGCUAGUCAAGCAAUGCCAUGGCCCCGGCGGAGGUGUCGUCCACAGGUACUUAUUUGUGUGCUGGUGAACAUGACGGCGAGUCUUGAAAAGAAUGCAAUUACUUGGGGUGAGAGUGAGGGAUGAAAGGACAAAAAAUACAAAAGAAAAAAGAAAAGGCACGCCCGCAGCCGUGGCUCGAACGUGCGACGUUAAAAGAAGAGGCAAAAGCGAAGGGUAUACCACAAGAGCCAACACGGAGUCCUUACCAUGACCUACCGUACCUCCGUGGGCCUGUGGGGUUUGAGCUACUUC